GAAAGUACAGUGAAUCAGAGGCGAUGAACCGGCACGCACUGGAGGGGCGCGAGAAGACUCUUGGGCCAGACCACCCUCACACCCUAACGAGCGUCAGCAACCUGGCUGCUGUGCUGCGAUGCCAAGGAAAGUACAGUGAAUCAGAGAUGAUAGAUCGGCGUGCACUGGAGGGGAGCGAGAAGAUUCUUGGACCAAACCACCCCGACACCCUAACACAUGUCGGCAACCUUGCUCUCGUACUGCAAUCCCAAGGAAAAUACAACGAAUCAGAGGCGAUG